UCAACAUGUAUGAAGCUUUACCGGGGUCUGCUCCUGAAAAUGAAGAUGGCCUCAUGAAAGUGAAGGUGGAAGAUCCUGCCUGGGAGCAGGUAUACAGAACACAGGAGAGCAGCUGUCAUUCCCAGGAGCUUUGCCGCCUACGCUUCCGGCAGUUCUGCUACCAGGAAGCACCUAGUCCCCGGGAGGCUAUGGCACAACUCCGAGAACUUUGCCAUCAAUGGCUGAGACCAGAGAUACACACAAAAGAGCAGAUCCUGGAGCUGCUGGUGCUGGAGCAGUUCCUGAGCAUCCUGCCUGAGGAGCUGCAGGCCUGGAUGCAGAUGUGUCCUCUGCAGAGCGGGGAGGAGGCCGUGACCAUGCUGGAGAAUCUUGCGACAGGAUGUGGAGACAUGGGACAGCAGGCCUCUUUCUACGUUCAAGGCCAGAACAUGCACCUCGUGGUGGCAGACUGUCAAGGAACCUUUCUGGAGUCUCAGCAUCUCCAGCUCCUGCCUGAUGGGACCCCCCUGAAGUGUGAGCCUCCACAUCUUCCCCAAGAAGUGAGUGGUGAGUGCCAGAGGGGACCAGCCUUUCUCCAGGAAGAAAGUUCCAGACACAAGGCAGCAGUGCCCAACUUUCACCCAACCAUGCGUCAGACAGUGAUGAAGACCAGGGGAGAAAUGGCUGCAGCUCUUGCCCCGGAGGGGUGGUCACAUCUGGGUUUGGCAAAGAGGAACCUCGGUGAGAGCUCAACCCUAGAGAUGACAGACCUCAAUGAAGAAGUUGUAACUAAAGAUGGAUUGACUAAUGUGAAUCAAGACACUUCCAAAGAAAUGGAACAAAGUGGAAAGACUUCAGCAAUACACAAUAGAGAUUGUGCACCUCACCUGCCUUGUAGUAUUGCCGCCCCCACUGAAAGGACAGUGUCUCACUUGAACACACUGAAAGCCCGCCUCCCACGUGACUCGUGGGCCCGGAUGCACAUUGCGUCCCUGCAGUAUGCUGCGGGAGACAUUACCCGAAAAGGGAGGAAAAAGGACAAAGCUCGAGUGAGUGAGUUACUGCAAGGACUUGCCUUUUCUGAUGACUCAGAAGUGGAGGAGGACAAUGAGCCCGAGACCCAGCCUGCUGAAAAGAAGUUCAAGGUGUCUGGUAUGCCAGAGAACUGGACUAAGAGAGAUAUUAAACCCAACUUUCCAAGCUGGUCAGGAUUCGAUUCUGGUCUGUUAAAUCUCAAGAGUGAAAAGUUGAACCCGGUAGAGCUUUUUGAAUUGUUUUUUGAUGAUGAAACAUUCAAUUUGAUUGUCAACGAGACCAAUAAUUAUGCUUCUCAAAAAAAUGUCAACUUGGAAGUCACAGUUCAGGAAAUGAGGUGUGUUUUUGGUGUGCUACUUUGGAGUGGGUUUGUUAGGAGGCCCAGAAGGGAAAUGUAUUGGGAAGUGUCUGAUGCUGAUCAGAACCUGGUUAGAAACGCCAUUCAGAGGGAUAGAUUUGAAUUGAUUUUCUCAUACUUGCAUUUUGCAGAUAACAGCCAUCUAGAUCAGAAAGAUAAAUUUUCAGAAUUAAGGCCUCUCAUAAAGCAAAUGAAUAAAAAUUUCCUCUUGUAUGCUCCCCUAGAAGAAUACUACAGCUUUGAUAAAUCAAUGUGUGAAUGCAUUGAUAGUGAUCAAUUCCUGAAUGGAAAGCCUCUUAGAAUAGGCUAUAGAAUUUGGUGUGGUACAACCACUCAGGGCUAUCUGGUUUGGUUUGAGCCCUAUCAAGAAGAAUCAACUGUGGAGGCAGAUAAAGACUGUGACCUUGGGCUAGGUGGAAACCUAGUAAUGAAUUUUGCUGAUGUUCUUUUGGAGAAGGGACAGUAUCCCUAUCACCUGUGUUUUGAUAGCUUCUUCACAAGUGUCAAACUAAUGUCAGCUUUGAAGAAAAAAGGGGUGAAGGCGACGGGAGCAAUUUAUGACAACAGAACUGAAAAAUGUCCACUGAUGAAAACAGAACGCAUGAGAAAAACGAAGAAGGGGCAUUUUGAUUUUCGAGUGGAAGAAAACGAGGAGAUAAUUUUGUGCCGUUGGCAUGGUGAUGAUGUUAUCAGUCUGUGCUCCAAUGCUGUCGGCAUAGAGCCUGUUGGUGAGAUAAGCUGUUUUGCUGAUGAUAAAGAGAUCUCUCAGGUGUGUCAGCCAUCCAUUGUGAAAUUGUUUGAUGAAUGCAGAAAAGGUGUAGCUCAAAUGGAUCAAAUUAUUUCCAAAUAUAGGGUAAGAAUAAGAAGCAAGAAGUGGUACUCAAUUUUGGUGAGCUACAUGAUUGAUGUGGCUGUGAACAACGCAUGGCAGUUACACAGAGCCUGUAAUCCUGGUGCCCCUCUUGACCUACUGGAUUUUCGAAGAUGUGUCGCCCAUUUCUACUUGGGACAUGACACUACUGUUCCAGAUUAAGGCACAUAAAAUGAAGAAAACAUAAUGGGCCUUAACAAGACACAGAAAAAUUUUAACUACACGUUAGAUCGUAUUCCUCCAAAGAAAAUCUGGUGUAUAUAAUCAAAGUAAUCAAGUAGUAUUUUUAAAUCAGAUGUUUAUAUAGCGUUUCAAAUACUGUUAUAAAAAUUCCCGUGAAAAUGUUGAACUCCAGUGGUACCUUUCUCU